AUGCCUCUGUUUGAGCUUUUCAGGCUCACCAAAGCUAAGCUUGAGUCUGCUCAAGACAAGAACCCUUCUCCACCUGUGGAUGAAGUUGUGGAGCUGGUUUGGGAAAACGGUCAGAUAUCAACUCAAAGCCAGUCAAGCAGAUCAAGAAACAUUCCUCCACCACAACAAGCUGUUCAUCAAGCAAGCUCUUCGAGAGCUAGAGAGAUUGGAAACGGCUCAAAGACGACGACCAUGGACGAGAUCCCAAUGUCAGUGCCAUCUCUAAUGACGGGUUUGAGUCAAGACGAUGACUUGGUUCCAUGGUUAAACCAUCACCAAUCCCUAGACGGAUAUUGCUCUGAUUUCUUACGUGAUGUCUCUCCCGUUACUGUCAACGAGCAAGAGAGCGAUUUGGCGGUUAACCAAACCGUUUUCCCUCUGUUUCAGAGAAGAAGCAACGGCAAUAACGAAUCAGCUCCUUCUGCUUCUUCAUCGCAGUACAACGGUUUUCAAUCACAUUCUCUGUAUGGAAGUGAGAGAGCUAGAGAUCCUCCUAGCCACCAACAAGCCAAACCGGACCGGUUUACUCAGACGCAGGAACGAUUGAUCCCUAGUAACAACAAGCCUGGUUUGAUCAACUUUUCGCAUUUCUUACGUCCUGCAACAACUCUGGCUAAGACUAAUAAAGAGAAGAGUCCUCAAAGCCCGCCGAAUGUGUUUCAGACGAGAGUUCUUGGAGCGAAAGACUCUGAAGAUAAGGCUCUUAACGAGUCUGUUGCUUCUGCUACGCCUAAGGAUAACCAAAAAGCUUGCCUAAUCUCAGAGGACUCGGCAAGAAAAGAGCAAGAGAGUGAAAAGGCCGUCGUGUGUUCUUCUGUUGGCUCCGGGAAUAGUCUCGAUGGUCCAUCCCAAAGUCCUUCUCUUUCUUUAAAAAGAAACCAUUCAAAUAUUCAGGACACUGACUGUCACAGUGAAGAUGCUGAAGAAGAAUCAGAAGAUGUAAGAAAAGAGGCAGCUCCAUCUCGAACGGGGAUGGGUUCAAAGAGAAGCCGCUCUGCUGAAGUACAUAAUCUGUCUGAAAGGAGACGGCGUGAUAGGAUUAACGAGAAGAUGCGUGCGCUUCAAGAACUCAUACCAAACUGCAACAAGGUGGACAAAGCUUCGAUGUUAGAUGAAGCAAUCGAGUAUCUAAAGUCACUCCAACUUCAAGUACAGAUCAUGUCAAUGGCGUCUGGUUACUACAUGCCACCGGUUAUGUUCCCACCGGGUAUGGGGCAUUACCCGGCUGCAGCAGCAGCAAUGGCAAUGGGUAUGGGAAUGCCUUACGCAAUGGGCUUGCCUGAUUUGAGCCGUGGUGGUCCCUCGGUUAACCAUGGACCACAGUUCCAUGUCUCGGGGAUGCAACAACAACCAGUGGCCAUGGCGAUUCCACGCGUCUCUGGUGGUGGUUUCUUUGCGGGAUCUUCGACGAUGGAGAUGAGUAAGAGCGACGAUGGUUCGACUAGAGAUUUAUCGGGUUCUAAAGACCAGACGACGACGAGAAACAACAGUAGCUUGAAACCGAGUAAGAGAAAACAGACGUCUUCUGAUCAGUUUUGUGGAUCCUCUUGA